AUGUCGUGGUUAUUCGGAGUAAAAUCAAACGCCACUCCCCAAAUUCCCGACGAUUUCCAAGCGGGUCCACCAGGUGCACAUGGCGGCCAACCACAACAACCAGGAGGUGCUCCACAACAAGAAGCAGUCGGAAAUAAGAUGGCAUAUUCUUUUGAUUCAACUGCUUUGGAACGAGCUGCCAAAGCGGCUCGAGAUCUCGAAAGAUUUCCAAAUGCAAAAGAAGCUCUUGAAUUGUCAAGAAUGCAAGAAGUGACUAGACAGAAGGAAGUUGAAAUGGACACAAAGAAAUUGGAAGCUCAAUUGGCUAAUAUGAAAUCUGAACAUAUUCGAGUAGCUGAAGAGGAGCGGAGAAAAACACUUGGAGAAGAAUCGAGACAUGCUAAAUCACGGGCGGAUUAUCAAGAUCAGUUAGCCAGAAAAAGACAAGAGGAUGAACUUGCAUUGAAAGCAAGAAUGCAAGAAGAAAGUUUGAGAAAACAAGAAGAAUCUAUCAAAAAGCAAGAACAACUCAGAAAACGUAUGUGAAAAUGGGGAAAUUUUGAUGAAAUAUAGUGAAAGACCACGCUGAUCACGAUUCUGAAAUCAAACAUUGCCAGAAACUCUUGUGACCAUAAUUCUGAAGCUCUUGUUUUCGCACGAUUUCACUCAAAUCCAAUUUUGGAGCUUCAUGUGCUCACAGGGGUUUUUGGGAAUUUUUGACUUUUGAUCGUGGUCAGUGUGGUCGAUAUUUCACUGUGUUUUAUCAAAAACUCAUCCCGAAAUCCUACGCAUUUCCAUCCGGAUAAAUCGAUUUUUUCAGAAACCAUCGAGCACGAAUUGGCUCUCAAACACAAAUAUGAGUUAGAGAAAAUCGAUGCUGAAACAAAAGCAAGAGCAAAAGCAGCCAGAGAAAAUCGCGAUGUCAAUUUAGAGCAAAUGAAACUUCACGAAGAGGAAAACCGAAAAACUGUCAUCGAAAAAAUCAAGUAAUUUUUUUUGAAAGUAGAUUUUUUUUUCAUAAACACAAAAAAUUUUUUAGGACAAGUGGAGAGCUGAUUGGAACAGGUCUCAAUCAAUUCCUCAACGAUAAAACGAAAAUCGCCUCAGCUGUUGGUGGUUUAACCGCUUUGGCUAUUGGAUGGUAUACAGCUAAAAGAGGAACUGGAGUUGCUGCAAGAUAUAUUGAAGCGAGACUUGGAAAACCGUCGUUGGUUAGAGAGACUUCAAGAUUAACACCUUUGGAGAUUGCGAAACAUCCGAUUAGAACUGUUCAAUUGUUGACUCGCAAGACUAAAGAUCCACUUCAAGGUGUUGUUUUGGCGGUAAGUUUAACAAGUUUGUGAGAGAGACAUAGGAAUUUGAAUUCGGAGAAAGAUCCAGAAUUUUCCAGACAUAAUUUUAUAAAAAAUAUCCUGUUUUCAGUUUUUGAAAUGUCAAAAAUUCACUAAAUAAACUUCUUCUGUAACUUUGGCAGUUAUACAUACACCUCAAGACAUAAUUAUUCCAAAAAUCCUACUCGCCCAAAUUAUAGUUAUGACGUGGCAAAGUUGACACAUGUAAUUAGUUUCAAAGGCAAGGUUUUUGAAUUCUGAUGAUCCUGAAAUCAGAAUUCCAAAGUCUUGCUUCUGGAACUAAUUACAAGUCAAUUUUGCCACGUCAUAACUAUUCUUUGGGCGAUUUGUACAUCCUGGGAUUUUUGGAAUAAUUAUUUCUUAAGGUGUACUUUUGGCAGCCAAAGUUUCAGAAGAAGUUUAUUCGGUGAAUCUUCCUUUGUGAAGGUUUUUAGCAAAAACUGGAACCGGAAUAUUUUGCAACGUAUGGAAAAUUCUGAAUUCCCAAAAGUAUUUUUUGUCAAAACUUUUCCAUUUUCCAGCCUGCUCUUGAGAAACGACUUCGUGAUAUCGCAAUUACUACCUCAAACACUAGAAGAAACAAUGGACUCUUCCGUAAUGUAAUGUUCUACGGACCCCCAGGAACCGGAAAAACACUCUUCGCCAAAAGUUUAGCUCAACACAGUGGUUUGGAUUACGCGAUUCUCACUGGAGGAGAUAUUGCUCCACUUGGAAGAGACGGUGUUUCUGCAAUUCAUAAAGUUUUCGAUUGGGCUUCCAAAAGUCGCAAAGGAUUGAUUGUUUUCAUUGAUGAAGCUGAUGCUUUCCUUCAAAAAAGAUCGAAAGAAGGAAUGUCGGAGGAUACGAGAGCUGCAUUGAAUGCGUUUUUGUUUAGAACUGGAGAACAGUCGAGGAAAUUUAUGUUGGUUGUUGCUUCGAAUCAGCCGGAACAAUUUGAUUGGGCUGUUAAUGAUCGGUGAGAUAUUUUUUGAAGGAAAUUUACAUUUUUCAAUCAGAACUCUGAAUGAAAAUAUUCGAAAUUCAUCAAAAAAAUCUAUUUUCCACUCCAAAAAAUCAAUAUUUUUUUUUUUCAGUCUUGAUCAACUUGUCGAAUUCGCACUUCCUGGCGUCGAAGAACGUGAACGUAUUCUCCUGCAAUACUUCAAUGAACAUAUCGUAACUCCAGCGCUCAGCAAAUCUCGAACUCAACGUCUGAAAUUGGCCGAUUUCGAUUGGACCGGAAAAAUGACGAAAAUCGCCAAAACUACAAAAGGAAUGAGUGGAAGAGAAUUGAGCAAAUUGGUUAUUGGAUGGCAGGUGAGUGGAAAUCAAAGAUCUGCCAAUGAAAAUAGUUAUGACGUGGCAAAAAUUGAUUUACAAUUUUUUUUUUGAAAAUAAAAUUUGAUGUUGAAUUUUCAAAGAUAGAAAAUCGAAAUUUGAAAAUUAUUCUGAAAUUUCUAGAAAACACGGAUAUUUUCGGAUGAAACACAAUGAAGAAACAUCUUGAGAAAACAUGGAAACUGAUACAUAAAUUUUGAAACAGCGAAUUUUUUUUUUUGAGUCAAAAAAAUUUUUCUUUGAAUUUCAGGCAUCAGCUUAUGCAUCAGAAACGGGUAUUUUGACUGAAGAAAUAAUCGAUAGAAAUACAGCUGAUGCAAUGGUUCAACAUGAGCAUAAAAUGGAAUGGUUGGAAAGAGAACAAUUGAUGGCUAGAAAUCAAGAGGUUGGUGUUUUGAAGUGAAGUGAAAUUCUGAUUGGAAUUUCAUAUUUUCGAGGGGAAUUUGAGACUGAUCUUUUCAGAUUUGACUGGAUAAUUCUAGACUAAAAAAUGUAUUUCAUAAUUUCAGACCAGCAACUUUUUAAAUUGAAAUUUCAGGCUCGAUCUUUCACCUGAAAAUUCGAGAUAAAAGUAUAUAAAAACAAGAGAAAUUGUCUAUUUUGAAGAGAAAUUUAAGACUAAAAUUUUCAUUUCUAUCUGAAAAUUUUGCUGAAAUUAGUUUUCUCUCCCACCACUCAUCUCAUUUUUUCAGACUAAAUUCGGUACUGGUUUGAAGCGCGAAACGGCUGUUUAG